AUGGCAGCAUUUUAUACUUCCCAUUACUUCAGGGCCUUCAUUUUCUCCAUUUUAUUCCUCAAAACCCUAGCUUUUGACCCAAUUCCUUUGUUUUCUUAUGCUGGUUUUGGUAAAGAUCUGAAAUUUAAGCCAAACGUGGCACUUUAUGGUAAUGCAAAGGUAGUCAAUGAUGGUUCUGGGAUUCAUUUCUCUGGUUCUGGGAGUUCAGACACGGGGAGUAUCAUGUACAAGAAACCCAUCAAACUUUUUCAAGGUAAACCAAGGCAAUUGGUGUCCAUUUCUACUUACUUUGCAUUUUCAAUCUCCUUGGAUAGUGGGGGUGGUUUGGCUUUUGUUAUGAUUCCCAAGGGUUCUGAAGGGGAUGUGUUUUAUAAAAGUUCUUCUGGGUUGAAUGAUAGAAAUUUUGAAGUUAUUGGGGUUGAGUUUAGUGCUUCACGGGGUGGUGAAAAUGGGGUUUCUUCUAGUUGUAAUGUGACCAUUAAUCUUGGUGGUUCAGUUGUUGCUAAAAUAAGUAACAAUUGGGCUUUAAGAAGUGGAGAAAAGUUGCAUGCUUGGAUUGACUAUGAAGCUAGUUCAAGGCGCUUAGAAGUCAGGUUGAGUCAGCAUGGUAAAUCAAGGUCUUCUGUUCCACUGCUAUGGCACUCAAUUGACUUGCCAAAUGUGUUGAAGGAGGAUGAGAUGUUUGUGGGUUUUAGUUCUGUAAAGGGGAAUGGUUCUCAAGCAUGCUUUCUCUAUUCGUGGAGCUUUGUUCUGAAGAGUUUUCCACAUUCAAUGCAUUCAGAGCCUCUGGAUCCAAAGGUCUUUGUAAAAAACACCGAAGAUCCUGUGGUUAAACAAAGGAGUGAUUGCUUUUUAAGAGUUCUUGCUGCAAUGAUAUUUGGUACUGGAUGUGGAGCUUUGACAGCAUUUAUUGUGCUUUACUUGUGGACCAUCUUUGGUAAUAAACGUGUAGUGGUGCCAGAGGAAACUGUUAUGCAACCUGUAGAUGUUGAGUAUAGGAAAGUCAAAAUUGUUGUAGAUAAAACCAUCCAAGAUGGUAAGAAUUAA